UGGUCUCUCUCUCUUUUUUUUUUUUUUUGUAUCAUUUAGCGAAGCUUCACUGAUGAAUCACCCAAUGCCUUACCGGGUAUGGAUCCAACGACAAAGAUUUGCCAGAAUCUUGAGAUUUUGCUCCAAAAAUGGAUUGGCUGAUCAAGGAGCUCAAGUUCACUGUUUUCUUCUGAAAUAUGGAUUCGGGUUCGAUUUGAUGUUGAACAAUGAUCUCGUGGAUAUGUACUGCAAAUGCGGAGAAACACUUGCCGCUUGCAAGGUGUUUGAUAGAAUGACCGAGAGAAAUGUUGUUUCGUGGACUGCCCUCAUGAGUGGACAUGUACGGGAUGGUAACCCUGAGGAGGCAUUGUCUAUGUUUUCAGAGAUGGGGCGUUCUGGUAUUUCCCCGAAUGAGUUCACCUUCUCGACGAAUCUGAAAGCUUCUGGUUUACUUCACGAGCUCGGAAUGGGAACGCAGAUUCACGGGAUGUGUUUGAAGACCGGGUUUGAGAUGAAGCCCGAGGUUGGGAAUUCUUUGGUUGACAUGUACUCCAAAUGUGGGAGAAUCAGUGAAGCUGAGAAGAUGUUUGGAUCGAUGACGGAUAAGAAUCUUAUAAGCUGGAACACGAUGAUAGCGGGUUAUGUAAAUGCUGGGUGCGGUGAGAGAGCUUUGGUCAUGUUUCAAACAUUGUGGAAUGAGAAUACAAAGGAAAGGGCUGAUGAGUUUACAUUGAAAAGCUUGUUGAAGGCUUGCAGUAGCGUCGGUAUGAUUCGUGGAGGAAGACAAAUACAUGGGUUCGUGGUCACGAGCGGUUUCUCUCAUUCUGUUUACGCAACGAUUGCCUCGUCUCUCGUUGAUAUGUAUGUCAAGUGUGGAAACAUGUGUGAAGCUCGAAGCGUUUUUGAUCAAAUCAAGGAGGAGAAGACUCUGAUCUCAUGGAGUUCACUGAUCCUCGGGUAUGCUCAAGCAGACAACUUAGCAGAGGCUAUGAAUUUGUUCAGGCAACUACGGGAGAUAAACUCCGUUAUAGAUGAUUUCGUUCUUUCAAGCAUCAUUAGUGUCUUUGCUGAUUUUGCCCUCUUGGAACAGGGCAGGCAAAUGCAGGCACUUGCCGUCAAAGUCCCAUCAGGACUGGAAACAUCAGUAUCCAAUUCGAUCAUGGACAUGUACCUCAAGUGCGGGUUAAUUGAUGAGGCCGAGAGAUGCUUCUUCACCCAAAUGGGUUCGAAAGAUGUGAUCUCAUGGACCAUCAUGAUUACUGGCUAUGGGAAACACGGUCUUGGUAAAGAAGCGACUCGUCUUUUCGAUGAAAUGGUAAGACGUAACGUCAAGCCUGACGAGGUAAGUUAUCUAGCCGUGCUUUCUGCAUGUAGCCAUUCCGGUCUCAUCAAAGAAGGCCAAGAAAUCUUUUCGAAGUUACUAGAAACGCAAGGAAUCAAACCAAUGGUAGAGCACUACGCUUGUAUGGUCGACUUACUUGGACGAGCGGGUCGUUUGAAAGAAGCUAAGUGUCUUAUCGACACUAUGGCAGUAAGAACAAAUAUCGGAAUAUGGCAAACCCUUCUUAGCGCCUGUCGAGUUCACAGGGAGGUUGAACUGGGGAAAGAAGUAGGCGAGAUUCUUAUGAGGAUAGAUGGAAAUAACCCAGCAAACUACGUGAUGAUGUCCAACAUUUUUGCACAAGCUGGUUACUGGGACGAGAGUGAGAGAAUCCGGGAGCUAGCCGAAAGAAAGGGGUUGAAGAAAGAAGCCGGAAUGAGUUGGGUAGAGAUCGACAAAGAGGUACAUUUCUUCUAUGGAGGAGAAGAUUCAGAUUCACAUCCACAUAUACAAAAGAUCCGCGAAACGCUGAGAGGGAUCGAGAGAAGGAUGAAACAAGAGCUGGGUUACGUUCACGGCUUGUGAAACUCGUUGCACAAUGUAGAAGGCGAAUCGAAGGAGGAGCAUCUAAGGGUUCACAGCGAGAAACUGGCGAUUGGGAUGGCGUUGUUGGCGAUGGGAGGCAUGAAAAAAGUGGAAGGGAAGGUGAUAAUAAGGGUAUUCAAGAACAGGGGGAUAUGUGGGGAUUGCCAUGAGUUCAUAAAGGGUUUAUCAAGGCUUUUGAAGAUAGUGGUUGUCGUUAGAGAUGCUAACAGGUUUCACAGGUUUGGACGUUUGGUGAUGGGCAUUGUUACUGGUGACUCUUUCCAUAUUUUUGAAUUCUUUUGGAUCUUUGGGAGUGGAUAAGUUACACAAUCCCAGAACUAGGGGCAGAUAUUUCCCCUACCAGAACGAAAUAGAUCCCCGGAGUUGUCAAUAUAUCAGUUUAUCAGCCUAGAUUCUCGAUUGAGCUACAUGACCUUGACCUUGUGGUCAAAACUAGAGUUUCGGAAUAUCCAACCGACGAGGUACAUGAGAUGAAGGCCGUGAAACGACCAUCGAAGUUAGUUUUUGACUUUCAAUUUUUAUAACAUUC